AUGCUUUCUCGGUCAUUCAUAGUGAUUUCUCUUCUGUCGGUGCAUAUUAAAGCACUCGAUACAACAAACCAUUAUAGUAUCGCUGUGCCAAAGACUACGCCCGACGACGCUGAGGCUGUACCCGCUAACUUCUUCGGUUUCGGUCUCGAGUCUGGUCUUCUAUCACACUAUGACAAUGACUUCUCCGAAAACAUUGUCAAUGCAAUCGCAGCACGGAUGAGUGCGCCACUUGUCAUCCGAGUUGGCGGUUCAAGUGGUGAUAAAAUCACCUAUAACGAAAGCCUAACAGAGCCCUAUACUUGCGAUGUCGAGGUUUGUGAUAGUACUAGCACCUUUACUAUUGGUCCUAGCUACUUCAAUAUCAUGAAGCGUCUGCAGAACGCAUCGAUGACUAUCCAGGCACCCAUGAACACGGCUUCCAUGAAUAAUACCAUGACCUUUCUGCGACUGGCUUGGAAUGCACUUGGUCAGGACCGCGUUGAGGCGAUUGCACUAGGCAACGAGCCGGAAUACUAUCCCAACGAUCUUCCGGCGUGGACUGCUGCUGAAUAUGUCAAUAAAGGGCUGGCUAUUGAAGAUGAGUUCAUCAGAGAAUUCCAGCUGGAAGGUAACGAGACUCGAAUCUUUCAGAUUGGCGAGGUUGCCAGUGAGGUUAUCCAGGGGAUCUUCCCAUUGUUCACCUUGGAGGACAUUCUUAGUGCCCCGGCCGCUCUCAAUGGUCGAAAUAAAUACGCUUCGGAUCACCUCUACCAGAUGGACAUCAUCGGAAAGCAACCCGGAGCAGAAUACUACACAACAGAUGUGUUGCAGUGGCAACUCAUGGCUCACAAUCGCACUAGCCAAGUCCUCGAAGGCUACGCCCGUGACACUGCCUGGAUGCGAAGCAAAAACCUAUCCUUCCCCCUAGUCAUCUCCGAAAUAGGCUCAGCGAUUGGAAACAGCCCACCAGACUUUGCUGGUGGCUUCGGCGCAGGCAUCUGGGCCGUGGACAUCCAUCUGAAAGCAAUGAGCAUUGGAAUUAAACAAAUCACCAAUACCCAAGAGCCAACCGCCACACACGGGUUCUGGGUACCUGAUAACUCUGGGCCACAAACUACCGGGCCAGCAGUUCAGGGGCAAUUCCCUGCUGCGGCAUUCAUUACGGACUUCAUGGGCAAGGAAGGUUCGCUUGGAAAGAUCCAUCAGUUGCUCGGCGACACACUUCUCUCUGCGUAUGCGAUGUAUGAUCUGAAGUCCGAGCAUGCGUCCAGAAUCGCCGUCCUCAAUUUGAAAGAGUGGCAUUAUGAUGCGAACGCAACGGAAAAUGUUCGAGGAAACACUACCGUCACGUUGAAUGUGGGUAAUGAGACCCAGUCAGUGGUGGUGCAGCGCAUGCGCUCGGACUAUGGUGCCUACGCUCUUGGGUUUGAUAAUGGAGGUCCGGAGCAGAAUACCAGUUGGGCGGGAGAGCAGUGGAGUUAUCGUGUGGAUGAGGGAAAGGGACAUUUCCUAAAUGGUCCUCAGAGCGAGACGCUACAGGUUACCAAUGGCACCGUGGAGGUCAUUGUUCCUGAUACAGAGGCUGUGAUGAUUUCUUUGCAGAGGCAUGUUGCACCCGUCUCUGCCUCUUCUUGUCCUUGUGUAUAA